AUGGCCACUUGGAUCCCAAAGCCAAGUUCUGUAGACAUCCGCGCAUCUCCUUUUACAAGAUCAGUUAGUGUGACGAGAGAGACUGAAGCUAUGAUACACAAUACUGGAGAUGUCCGCCAACCACCAUCUAGGGCAUCAGUUAGUGUUACAGCACGGACUGAAGAUAUGAAAGGUGGUGCUGAAGAUGUGCGUCCUUCGCCAUCCCGAAGAUCAGCUAGUGUGGAAAUACAGAAGGAAAGUUUCACACGUAGUGUGCAAACGUAUGCUGCAUCAUAUCUUGACAGAGAUUCGCGCCGCCUGUCAUAUCUGGACAGAUAUAUCCCCAGCCGACUUUUGAAGGAAGGUUCUGUUGGAUCAGUAGAUCUACAUGCAGGUCCAACUAGAAGAUCAGAUAGUCUAUUAAUGCAUGGAGAUAGUCAACGCAUAAAGAGAGAAAAUUUAAUGCAUGAUGUGCCAAGAUAUGGAAAGUCAUACUUUGAGGGAGAUUUCCAAAGACGACUGUCGAAGGAAGGCUCUGUUGAUGUGCCAAGAUAUGGAAAGUCAUACUUUGAGGGAGAUUUCCAAAGACGACUGUCGAAGGAAGGCUCUGUUGGAUUAGCAGAUCUCCACCCAUCUGCAAUUAGAGGAUCAGACAAUUUGCUGAAUGAGAGAGGGAAAGUGACACCUGGAUCAGCAGAUCUCCGCCCAUCUGCAAUUAGAGGAUCAGGCAGUUUGCUGAAAGAGAGAGGGAAAGUGACAGCUGAUUUGACAAGACACACAGCAUCAAAUGUGGACAGAGGUCUCCAAAGACAGCUGGUGAAGGAAGGUUCUGCUGAUUCUACACUUGCUACCGAGAACGUGAAAGAUAAUGAAAAAAAGUAUCUGAAUAAAUAUCCUAUGGAAUUUGGAGGAAGACUUGGUACUUUGUUGCUGAUUUUGUUACUGCCUUUAUAUGUCUUGAGUUUGUUUUGUUUUAAUUUGGUACCGGACCCAACAAAAUUUGAAGUAUUGUUUCAAAUGCAGCUUGUACUGAUUCCUCAAGUGGCUGUUGGAAUAAUAAUGCUUAUAAUUUUCCAAGCUUUACUUAGCAUUGUGCCUAUUGGCAAAGUUGUCAGUGGACCUCUGACUAAGCUUGGGAUUUUGAAAAUGCGGCUUAAUGGGAUUUUCGCAGCCCUGUUUGCACUGGUUCUAAGUUCAUCAGUGUGCUACUUCAAAAGGGAAGUUGCUGACAUUGUAGUCAGUGUGUAUAGUGAGGCUGCAGUUUCAGCAAUGCUUGUGGGAAUUGUAUUUUCUCUAAUUCUGUACAGAAGAGGUGGUAAAUUGCCUAUCUCCUAUCGUAAUCCAUAUGGAUCAAAAGGCUUUAUGUGGUAUGACUUCUGGAUGGGACAAGAAGUUACUCCUUGUAUUGGAAAAUUCGAUGUAAAGCUCAUCCUUCAUCGAUUUUCCAUACUUAUUGUGGGAGGUGUGGGAUCAGGAUCUCCAGAAAGGUCCCAGCUUAAUGUUCCUACUCUGAAGAGUGUUGUGUGUCCUGUCUAA